AUGGCUACAGAGGAAUCCAGGAAAGAAUUGAAGGAAUUACAAAAGGAAAAGAAAAGAGAAGGUGUGCUCAAGGGUACUAGGGACAGUACAGGGGCUGGAAUAGCGAAGUUGGAGGCCAGAAUCAAGGUUUUUGAAAAAGAAGAAGAAGCACAGUACUCUGAAAUUCAUAGGCUAACAGAUAAAGAGAUGAAGCCACAGCUUGUUGCCUUGUUUCACUGCCUAAUGAGAAAUAUGAGAAUCGUGUCGGAAUAUCAUGAGGCCCAAACCAGAAUCAUGAAGACAGUAAAAGUGCCCGACGGAGUGUUCUGCGGUGACUCACACCAGCUUACUACCUACUAUAAGCUUGAAGCAGAAAUUUCAAAAUGGUGUGCUUGCUUUACAUCAUAUGUCUCUUCACUGAAGGCCUAUGUUGAAGCUCUUAAUGACGGGCUAUUCAAGUUUGCUGCUGCUAACAACGACAAGCCUUCGCUAUAUCAUCAUUGGUUAGUUUGUUUGAAUAAACUUCCAUAUAAAGAUGUGACGUCUGCCAUGACAGAGUUUGGGAAUGAUGUCCGAGAGCUAAUGAUUCAACAAGGUGAGGAGCAUAAGCUAAAGAAAACGGUUGACAAACUUUCCAUAAAAAUACGUGAAAACUCAAACAAGGAGCAUUUGAAAAAGAAGGUAGAUGAAGGGAAGAAGGAGCAGUUGAUUGAGGAGAAGAGGCAAGUGGAAAAGAAGCUAAAGGCAGAAAAGUUGAAAACGCGUCAUUUCGCUGAGAGUGGAUUUCAGGAAGGAUUCUCCAAGGUUUUCGAAUACCUGGCUAAUUAUUCAAGGGGUGCUACGGAAUUGUAUGAUGGCCUUAUAGCAUUCGACGGAGAUGCAUGCGUGGGGAUUGAUGACAAAAGUGACAGCAGCUCAUCAGAACAUGUUACAGGCAAUUUCAUAUGA